AUGGGUGGCAAGAAGAAGGUGAGUGAGCUUCAGACUCUGAGCAUUAUUGUGAGGAAGUACAUCCUCAGCAUUCCGCAGGUGAGGAUCAUUGUAUUUCCUGUUCUCCUGAGCAUUUUUGCAGGGAAGUAUUUCGAGGUCAAAGUGGCGAGCUGCAUAAGCCACAUUUCGGACGGCUUGGACUCUGAGGGCAUUCCCCGCGGCAGGAUAGCCAUGUUUCUGGCGGUUUCUCUGAUGGGCAUCAUGUUCACGGAGCUGCAGGGAUUUGUGUUUGUCAGUGCCGUCCAGUAUGUCUACAGAUAUACGCUAAGAACCACCUUCGAGUACUUCAUUCAGAUGGAGACGGAGACAUUCGAGUCCUAUGGGUCUGGAACGAUCCAGAGCAUCAUAACCAGGAAGAGCAAGGCGAUCAGCGACUUUGUGGAGGUUUCUGUGCAGAACCUGUUCCCAGUUGUGGCUUCGCUUGCGUUUGUCGGGCUUGAAGCGUAUCUGAGGCUUGGGGUGCUUGCCUCUCUCAUCAUUAUCCUUGCAGUGGGUGUCUACGGGACCAUGACGAUAUCGAUAGCUCUAAGAAGAAACAGGAUCCGAGGAGCACUGAACAAUGCAGAAAACACUGCAUCGAACAUUGUGUACGACACCCUGAGCAACCACGAGUCUGUAGUGUCGUUCAACAACUACGACAUUGAGACGAGGAGAUAUGAUGCAAAGCUGAUGGAGAUAGAGAGGUUUGGAACGAAUCUGUUCAGAGGGCUGUACAUUCUGAAUAUGCUCCAGAAGCUGAUUUUUGCGUUUCUGAAUGCCUCUGUGAUUGCGCUUGGCGCAUAUGGAGUUCUCUCGAGUAAGAUGGACGGGAAGAUGCUGAUCUUCUAUGUAACAACAAGCAGGAUCCUGCUCAUGAAUCUGAACAACCUUGGAUUUACAUACUGCAGGUUUACAGAGGCCAUGCUGAAUGCCAGGGAGGUUCUUUCGGAGGACUACGACCUGAAAACGAGUGCUAGGCUGUCUGUGGCAAGAUUCAGAAAGAACAUUGUGUUCAACGACGUCCACUCGUACUACGGGGACAAGAAGGUCCUCAGAGGCGUGAACCUCACGAUUGAGAAGGGAGACAAGGUGGCUAUUGUGGGGUCGAAUGGGUCGGGCAAGUCGACGAUUCUGAAGACCCUCCUAAAGUUUAACAGCUACCAGGGCUCGAUAUGCAUUGAUGGAAUCAACAUCAAGGCAAUAGAGAACGGCUCGUUCAGGAGAACCAUAGGAUAUGUGCCCCAGAACUCAUCUCUAUUCAACGAGACUGUGAUGUACAACAUCAAGUAUGGAAGCCCCAGUGUAUCUGACUAUGCCGUCGUCGAGCUUGCAAAGAGAUUCAACAUUCACGACAGCAUCAUGAGGCUUGAGAGGGGGUAUUUCACGAAUGUCGGGGAGUGUGGGAGGCACAUCAGCGGGGGAGAGCGACAGAAGAUUGUCAUACUAAGGGCCCUGUUGAAGAGGUCUGAGAUCCUCGUUAUGGACGAGCCGACCUCUAACCUCGAUAAGGAAGCGGAGAUAGAUAUCAUAAGAAACAUUAUAGACUCUGAGGGCUCGGUGACAGUCAUAGCAAUAGUGCACAAUCUCGAUCUCCUUCCGUUUUUCAACAAGGUCUGCUUUGUCGACAAGGGGUCUGCCAAGAUGAUAAGCCAGACGAAUGGAGCUGCUAGGUCCAUAGCAGAGAGAUUGAGAGACUGUGGAAUGCUAGGAGUUAAAUAA